AUGGUUUACAAAGAAGUUAGGAAUCAGGUUUUGAUGGAGCGAAUCGAAAAAAUAGAUAGUGACCUUGGGCCCUAUGCGGCUACCGUCUUCGCCACUCACGGGUUGAUGAAGUUUAACGGCGAGGAUCUCGGUCAUAUAUCUGCUCACUGGAACCCCACAUUUGAGGGAAUUCUUCUCCUAAGACAAAAAUCCGAAUCAUUUUUUAGACGAUCCAAUUCCUUCUGUGAACACUGGUGUCGUUUAAAAGGGAACCUUUUGGUAAUCCUUCAAAAUGAGGGUGUUCAUUCAACGGAUCUCGUCGGCAUAGUUCUUUUGGAACGCUGCUCUGUCAAAUUUAUGACCAAUGCAGACGUUCAGCACGCUUUUCAAAUAGAGUUUGAAUGUGGUGAUUCCCCCCUACUUUUUGCUGCGCGCUCAGCUGAGGAGGCUAAUAUGUGGUGUAAUCACAUUAGGAUGGCUGGGUUGUCCGAAUUAUCUGCUAGAAGAUUGCAACUUCGUGAAGAAUUGCGACAGUUGACUGGAAAGGAUCCUUUGGAUCCACUUAAUUCGGUUUUGGCCUCACCCGAUUCUUCCUGUCCGGAUGAAUUCAGUGAGGCCGGUUUGGAAUUACAACUGAGUUUGCUUGAUGAAAAUACCUCUUUUUCACGGAUUCCGGAGCUCGGUUUUAAAAUCAUUGUCUCCACGAAACAAUCGGAUGCCGAUAGUCCCUGGAAUGUAAUUGCAGAGACGGAAAUUCGGACCAAGGAUUGUCCAACCUUCUUGAAGACAGUGAAACUCAGUUCAGAGAAGUUCUCCAAAACCUCAUUGAUAAAGUUCAGCCUUUUGGAGUUCAAGGAUUUACGAUCUUCUGUGCAUCGUGUGAUUGCCAGUGCACAGACGACAGCUGAAGCUUUGUGUAAUGCUUCUACGCUGAACUUGCCUCUGAUUAUUGAAUCGAAGAGUCUGAACAGAACCUCGAUUCCGGAAUACUUAUUAGUUAUUCAGGUUUUGAAUAAGUGCAGCAACGCUCUGGAUUUCGAUCAUCUCGAUACUCACAGUCAACAACUCCGAAGCGUCUGCGAGAACAUUCUCACCCGCAACUACGUCUUCCCCCACACUCUUGGCGAAAACAUGCGUGUUGUGGAAUUCAUGGGUGAAUCACGAUUCUGCUUCCAGUUCCCCAUUGAAUACCUCAAAUCGCUAAUCACUCAGGAACAUCUACUCUACGAUUCUCUGCUACGUGUUGGUAUGUCCAAUCCAACACUGGAAUGCCUUCGAAAGGAGCGUCUAUUGGGUAUGAAGAAUGUUAUCGAAUUUUACGAACUCUGUCUUCGAAGUACUGCCGAUCACACCGGUCCAAGUUUCAAACGGAGUACGGAAAGGAAGUGCGUGGAGUUGGACUUUGUACCCACAAAUCUUCAUGCCAAUCGAAUUGGCCUUCUGGACUUGGAGAGCAGACUAAUCUCAUUCCAUGACAUCAUCUCCGUUGGUGCCUUCACCUGUGCCUCGGACAAAUUCAAGACUAAAGGUCUCUUCCAAACCCUAACCAGUGAUGAAACCCACAACACAUGCCUUGCAGAGUUCUUGAACACCUCGCCAAUAGUUGCAUCAGCACUACAGAGUGAUAAGCACGUUGUUGGAAGAGCGUUCCACCGACUGGCCACAGGCGCAGUCGUCGUGGUCCGGAUGUCUGGUGAUCUCACGGAGUUGAAUUCAAGACUUCGACCUUCUGGACAAGCCGGAGUUCUUGCACAGAGGCUGGAAAAGGGGAUGUCCGCCCUUGUUGAGAUUUGUAAGAGCACCUCUACCGAUGCAAUUUUUCUCCACGAUCUUCAAGCCAACUACGAACCUCUUUUGAAAAGCAUCGUUGAACUAGCAACUCUGGACACCCUGACAAACGCAAAAGCUGAUCAAAGUGAAGCCACCUCUGUUGAUAGAGAACUUGCUCUCCGUGAAAUCAGCACAGCGUCUAGUCACCUUCAGAAAGUAUUAUUACGCACUUGGGAACGGGCGGAAGAGUGCCUUUGGCGUGAAGUCCUCUCCAGCAUUGCUGCUAUGGCUAGCACGGAGACUGCUUCAGCGGGGAUGAACCUGCAUACUGUUUCGAGUGUCUGGGACAGCAUCCACUGUCGACAUCAUGCAGUGCUGUGUCAGGCGCUGACGGCGAGUUUGACAGGGCUGGCUUUGGCAGUGACAAACUGGACGCCGGUAGAGUGGAAACAGAUGGUCCGAUGUGGAGUGCCAUUGCAUUUUGAGGGUCUCUUGAGUUGCUAUGGUGAAGAAGUUGGAAUGUUGGAGAACUGGGCCUGGGCGAUUCAGAGCCUGGCAUUUUGUCGCGUUGUGGUGCGACCAAAUCCCUCGGUUUUAAAGGUGAGGGAAGAGGAGGUGGAGGAGGAGGAGGAGGAUGAGGGGGAGGACAGGGUGCCAAAAGGAAGAAGUGGAAGUGGCCAAGGUUUGAUACAGGUCCAGAUUCUUCGACACAAUGAAAUUUUGCUAACGAUUCCACGUUUAACAUGGAGUCAAACCCCUCCUGAAUGCCAAGCUCGAGGUCGAAUUGUUCUCUCUUUGCAUCCCUUCUACUUCAACGUGGGUAUCAAUGAACAACAGUCUCUAGCCGAACGACUUGAACGCGUCAAUCUUCAGUCAAUUAUCAAUACCAAUGGACUGACUAGCCUUCGAGUGUACUUCGACAAAUAUACUCGAAAAUUCGGUGCCCCUAAGAAGACGCCUACUCAGCAGGACGUCUGCGAUGUCCUAAGCAGUCUGCAGUAUGCACUGGAGGCAAAUAAGUCGAAGUCAGUGGAAGUGCUUCGCUUAGCAACGGAGGUCUCCUCAGCACUCAACGCGCUUCGAUUUACCUCGUGCAAAUCGGCGAAGGAUCGAACAGGGAUGGCAGUAUCGCUGGAGCAGACCAGAUGGCUUAUGGAGGUGGAAGGUAUGCACAAGGACAGCUUCUCUCCAGCCCUAAAAUGUCUUCGCAGCACGGGUCUUCGGUUGAGCAAUGCGGAGAAGAACGUCAACACAAGAAAGUAUUCCUUUACGCGUUUUCAGGUCCUCUCCUUUCCAAAGGCCUAUCGACCACCCGUGGGCACGUAUUCUCUCCAUAUUCCAGCGCUACCAUAG